UGAAGGAAGAGCAAGUAUAACCUAUCGCAUUGGGUCAUAUGGUUUUCAAAGUGUAGUUAUUGGAAGUGCUCAAGCAAUAUGCCAAUAUUGAACACAAACAAUCAAUAAAAAAGAUAAUAAAGUUACAGAAACAAAUCUAACGGUGAAGAAUGACACAAACCUAUAUCAUCAACGUGCUAGUGAGUAAUUAUAAGCUGAAAUACUGAGACCACAGAGUUAACAAGAACUGACGAAUGAGUCAGACGCGUCCAUUCCCUCCCACCUUGAUUGUGCGCCUUGAUCGUUCCCACUUUGAAUGGCCGACGUUAAACACUGUGGGGUAAACACUGCGUCGGCACAUUCCAUGGUGAAACUUAUACAGUUUUGUAUCUUCCUUCAAACUGCACACAGCAGGUCUUUGGGCAGAAUUGGAUAAAGAACGAAUACGGGCAACGUUCGUUUAUCGCUUCCAGCACUUAAGUCAAACACUCCUAUCAAACAGAGUGCACGGCUGUCAAGUUCCGUGCACGACAACCGAUCAAACUUAAAAAAAAAAACAAAUGUAACCAGCCUGCGACGUAAAUCGAGAAAAAAAUACAAUCAAUAGAGCCACCUGCGACUUGGCACAGAACGGCGUAAACCUGGCCUUUAUCAGAUAGAUAUCAAUAAAAAGGCUGAAGGUGCUGCUGUGGUAAACGAAGCAUGAUGCAGCACGGUGGGAUACAAGAUGAUAACAUGAAAUCCGAUAACCCAGUCCCAGCGCCGAGACCGAGGCAGCAAAUAACGCCACUGACACCGAGCGUGGUUGAGGCGAGCACAGAAAGUCCAUACGAGCCAGUUAGCUUUCCAAAGUAUGUCGAUAAAAAUGUCACACCAACAUCGGCUCAGUCAGCGUCCGGUGGGUCGAAUCGGCCCAUUCCGGCACCUAGGUUGCGUUCCAGGGUAUUACUGGUGGAUACUGACAGGCCUUUGACGAACGCUGAACCAUACCAAAAUGUUGUCAUUGUACGGCCGGCACCUACUGCAACGCCAGAGAAACAAUUGGCUAAAACCAAUCGGCACGUACCAGGCUCACCAACAUCGACGGCGGCGAAGGAUGCCCCAGCCGUACCUCCACUGCCAGGGAAGGUAAAUAAUAACCUUCACACCGAUUCGGCGGAUACUAUCGUGACUGGUGAGGAAAUGGACACUAUUGAGGCGGAUAGUUUUGACAACGCGGGGAAGGACGGUGGAGAACCAGGAGCAUGUCGUGGUGAAAACAAAUACAAAACUAGCUCGCCGGCGGAUCUGUUCAAAACAAUCGGUACCACCACGCGCCUGCUAACGGAAGCGAUCGGUGAGCGAGUGGCGCACAAGACAAAAAAGGCGGCCCAGAAUGUACGCACUACCGGCAGUAGUCUGGUGAGUUGGGGUACGAAGAGCCGAGGUAGUCCCAAGGGAGCAGGAAGCACCACUGAAGCGUCGCCGGAGUUGAAGCGACCACAGACGCUACCAUCGCCCGAUCUGAUGCAAAACAUCAAAUUCGGUAGUCCGGUACCAUUGAAUAAUGCGCCAUCACCGGGUAGCGUCGGUAGUGGGCUGGAUGCGAUUGGGGACGGUUCACAGCUGACCUAUGACACACCGCGGCGUGGCAAUAAACUAUCAAACUUGCGACUCGUGCCCGACACACCCUCAACGGCACCGUCGACCGCUUCGUCAAGUGCGCGUGCAAGCAGCAGCAGUAUGGCAUCGUCCGGUGUUGGCACCAUAGGGCGUUUCCAGCGCAACGCACCCGCCAGCCAAAGCCUAUAUGGCCGAGUGUUGCCGAAGCACGCCCGUCGACUCGGGUCACCCGGCGUGUCCAGCGCAAACCAGCCAUCCGGUUCCGGUGCGUUAGUUCGCUCGAGCAAAAACAAGAGCGAAUCGAACCUGUAUGAGUCGACGUUUUACGUCGAGCGCCCAGUUCCGGCGAGCGAUAGUGUAACACACCUAUAUGGCAAGCUCAAUAUUAUUGCUAGGCCGUCAAUCUCCAGCACGAGCAGCAGUAACAGUAGCACGCAAGACUUGGCUGAUGGUGCCGGUUCAGAUGAAGACAACAACCUACCGGAGCUGCUACGUGCCGGGGUGCAGCUUCGCGAGCGACAUGACUCACACGAUCGCGAAAGUCAGUCCCACCCGUCGUCCACCCGAGCGACCUAUCACUCGUCACCGAAAGUGCAUCCGUCCCGUCUGCCUGCAACGUACGGUGCGGAUGAGGUUCAGAAUCGGUCGAAUUCGUGGAACUUCUACGACAUUGCCGGAGCAAAGCCUACAGACGGGGAGCAACCGAUACCAGUCCACGAUGAGGAUGAGGACGAAGACGGACUGUCAUACCAAAGCUCACCCGAGCCAGUAUACGCCAAUGAACGGCAUGAGGCUACUUCCUCGAUCUACGAUCAGUUGUCACAGAUGGAAUCACUUUGUGUGCUGAAGCCGCUUCCAGCGGCGAUGGGUGCCUUACGGCAUGACUACGAUGAGGUGUCAAUUACCGACAUUAUCGAUGAGUUUGACCCACUCGGUCGGGGCACGGUCACCCUAGAGGCAAUUAUCGAGAACAAUGCCUUCGGGGAUGGCUCCAAAAAUGCCGGAGCAUCAGGGGCGGGUGGAAAUUUGGCACUUAUAGAGAGUUUGUUAGGUGCAGAAUCGUACAGCCGGCAGAGAAUCCCGAUACGCCCCGCGAGGCAGACAACGAUGGUAACAGAUGCUGGAGAUACACCCCGGGCCAUUCCAAAGCCGCCAAAACGCUCCGAUUCGCUGCUAAACAGCACGACGACCCCGAACCCAACUAAUGCACGAGUCCGCUCAGCGCCGGCCAAACCGAAGCGCAAAAAGAGCCAACCGGAUCGGCCGUCCGGCAGCAUCAUCGUUCACCAGAAUCUGAACCUACCGGGCAGCGUGGAGAAUCUGGUCGAGGUAGACGAGCGCGUGAUCGAACCGCACCUAGCUACGUUCGAUGACGGACCGCCGGCGGGCACUGUCGAGGCGGCCGAUAAUUUGAUCCGCCCAAUGCCGCCACAGACCAGCUGGUAUCUGGAAGAGGACGGUGGUGUUGCCGAUGGAGGUGCAUGUGCGGGCAGUUCCGGAGAAGCGGUGAGUACGCGAUUCGACAAGCAGCUUAACGUGAACCCUGUGAAUGAACAAGCGAGUGUGUCGGGUAGGAGCGAGAAAGCAGCCAAAACAUCUCUACCGCCGGAGCUAGCCAGACCAUGUGCGACGUCCGUUGAUACGACAGAGGACGUGCCGGUACCACCAACGUACUUUGAGGCCAUCGGCGGAACCGAUCCGCUGUUCGAGCGUGGGCUUGCAGCGACACUCGCUCCGGCCAAGUCGACUAGCGUGGCCACGAAGCUGUUAAAUGCGCUGAAGCGGAAACCGAGCCUAAACCGGGGCAGCUCUGAGCCGUCCGGGUCGGCGGGCGUACGGACCGCGCUUGAGAUGGUGCCGAAGCCUCGGUUGACCGAGCGGCUCAUUUCGCACCAAGGCCACGUGCUGAAGUUUCCGUCGGGCAAAAUUGGCGACGUGCUAAAUGAGCUGUCGCCCAGGUCUGUUGUUCUACGUGAGCGUAUCUUCCAGACGUACCUCGACCCGCAGCAGACGCUGCCAAAGGAGGCGAUCCAGCUGCGCUUCAUCAUGUCGUUGCAGUGCAUUCUUCAGCAUAAGUUUGCAGGCGACGGCCGGCUUGAUUUGCACUGCUUCGAGAUAGUGCUUGGUGUGCCUAAAGGUGGCGGAGGUGGUGAUGGUGGUGGGGGAGGGUCCGGUGGGGCGGCCGGAGCAUCAGGGGCGCUCAUGUCCAGCACUAAUCCGGACCUGUUGAUCACUAGCGGCACGAGCGGCAACGUGAAGCUGACGCGCCAGUCGUACAUGUUUGGCACGCACAAGCGUUCGGACCGGAAUCUCUGGAUGGCCAAAGUGCUCCAGUCCGUAACGGAUGUGUUUGGCGGCGAGGGCGACCUGUUGCGCGAGUUUCUACGCGCCGGUUGGUGCUACGUGAAGAAGUCGGUAUCAGCCGGUUGGGCCGGCGCUUGGCUGCUACUGGCGAAACGACGCCUCUAUCUGUAUAGUUUUGCAGAGGGCCGGCUGGAGGAGUUGGAUCUCCGCAAGGCGCGUUGCAUCGGCAUGAUCGAGAAUGAGCCAGCCACCAUUGGUAAUCUGCACGUCGAGAUCGGCCCGAGCCUGUUCAUAGAUUGUCCACCGUACGCGACGCUCUACUUCAUCAUGGGUUCGCCUCGUGAAACCCAAAUCUGGCACAAGGUGAUUCGGCAGGCGGCCCACAAGAACGGGCUGACACUGCACAGCCAGCAGCUGACACGUGGCGACGUGCCUGUACUGAUCGACAAGUGCGUCAACUUUAUUUAUGCGCAUGGCUCGAUGUCCGAGGGCAUCUACCGGAAGUCGGGUUCGCUGUCGGCGGUCAGUCGCGUUCUCCAACUGUUCGGUGAGGACGCAUUCGAUGUGCAGCUGACGCGAAACGAGUACAACGAGUAUGAAAUAGCGGGGGCGCUCAAAAAGUUCGUGCGCGAGCUGCCGGGCUCAUUCUUCGGUAGCUACGCCGCAUCGUUCGUCGCCAUCGGCUCGCUGAGCUGCGGUGACCUUCAGCUGAAAGUGGACUCGUAUCGGCAGCUUCUCGAGCGACUGCCCCGCAUUGAGUACUGUACGCUCAAGAAGCUGAUCGGCCACCUGGCGUUUAUCGCGUCACUUGAGAAGCACAACAGAAUGGGCGUGCCGAAUCUGGCAAUGAUCUGGGGCUCGACGCUGCUAGCUAAUGCGAGCCAAAAUACGGUGCAGGAGCCGGGCAGCUACCACCAGCAGGAUGCCGACGUUGUCGCUGAUCUUAUCCGACUCUACCGACGGCUUUUUCCGGUUAACGAGGACGAACUGCGCAAGGACCAGCUGAUGCUGGCAGUGCUGCAGAAGUAUCACGCUGCGGCCGAGAACCUCUCCGACGCCGUCAAACAUUCCGGUGACUUGAAGGUGUGGAUCACCAUCGAUUGCGACAUUCCGCCCGAACACGAUGUGCAAGCGGUGGUGAACAGUGGAGCCCCAGAGGAGAAACCGCAGGUAAAUGUGGACAUUACACCGGUAAAGACAGCUUCAGAUGUAUGCAAGGAGCUAGCUAACAAAACCAAGUACCCCUGGUACAAGCUCACCCUCUAUGAGGUGAUCGCAAACGGUGCUCUGAUUCGGCCGAUACAUUAUAGCGAAAAGGUUUUGGAGAUCGUCGUCCGCUGGACUUACUGGGAUGAGGUAGACCGGAAGAAUAACUAUCUGACGCUGAAACCAACGACAACGCUCAACGACGUGUACCGCACAAUCCAGAAGGCUCCGGUAUUGACUCCCACUAUGGAGCUGAAGUUUGCCGACCGGAAGACCAAGCCCCUGCGCAGCUUCCAGCUGCAGCUGAUUGGACGUGGCUUGGUAGUGCUCAAGAAGAUUGAGAAGAAGGAUAAAGGUUUCGAGGAGCUGCUAAAGAUCGACCUUUCCCGCAUGACGGCGUACAUCGGGUGUGAGCCGAAACGCGAUCGUUCGAGCCUGCGCUGGGCCAUUACUCUGGUCGACAACGACUUCAAAAAACGAACGCGUGACUCGCCGUACAUCGGCCAUAUAUUUGGGGGGCUUGACUUUGCCAGUCAAAUCCUUUGGUAUUCGAGCAUCCUCUACAGUCAUUAUAAAGAUGACAUUCUGCCGAGCGGAGACCUCUUUUUCUGAGAAUCGCACUCAUCAGCUUGUCUUCCAAACGUGCCGUUAAUUAUUAUUAAGAACAGAAGAUAGAUAGGGUAUCUCGUACUCAAUGUCAAUGGAAGUGAAGCCAGAAGGAAUGUGCUCUCUGUACUUUUUUUAUGUUGAACCAGAGAGUGAGAGACGCGCGGGAGUUUUUAAAGCACAUUUGUUUAUAUUAGGAUAAGGAAAACGAAAGAUCGCGAUACAUUUUGCCAAUUAUUAUUCAAUGAUCGCGGUUAUUAACUAUUGCCUUUGAAGCUAUAAGCUUGUCCGUUACACGAUUCAUGAACACUUUAAUCACCAAGUCUAUUUUCCGCCAGGUCGUGAUAAAAGCGGUUUACAAAUUCCAUUAAGAUAAGGAAACAUUACACCUUAUCCCUCGAUUGGCACAUCGUGCCAUCCACACAUUUUGCAUUUGUUCUGUUUUUAUCAAUUUUACGAAUAGUUAAGAUGCAAUCGUGUUAUUACAACUCUUAAGUAUGUAUCAACUAACUAUGCAAAAUAUGCUGUAGCAAAAGCGAUUUCAACGAUAGAUCAAUUACAUAUCAUCUAUUAAAUAUUUUAGCUUUUUUAUGUAUGGAGUUUUGUGUACACUAAAAGCUUGACCAAUACAAUACUGAACCGUCGAUUCUGAAACUACCCACACAUUAAGUUUAGGCACUGCAGAUGUUGUUGAAGAUUUAUUUGAUCACUAUUUCUUUUGUAAAAUCGUCUAAAUUUUACUGUUGAAGCUCUGUUUCAAUAACACAAUCAAAACAAGCAUGUACACAUAUAUCAAGAUGAAUCCACCAAGCAACAACAAGGUGUAUACUACUCGGGAAAUUCGAUCGAUCAACCAUUUUAAUAUGCCGUUAUUGUAACUAUUCAAUUAAAACAUAAAACUCUCAAGUAAAGAGUUGAAACCAUAAUUCUUUUCUCCGAGCUUCGCCGGGGCUUCCUGUUAGUAAGCCAUAUUUGACGGACGCUUUACUUUUCGAAUUGUUUUUAAUUUACAUUGACUGAGAGUUCCACAUUCCAACGAUUGAUAGAGCUGUUGAGGGGAUUUAUGAAAAGUCAUUCGCGGCUUAACUGCUAAUGAUUUUAUUUUCCGAAAUCGUUUUGGUCACCAAUAUAAAACAGUUUAAUAAAAUCAAGGAAUGGAGGUAUAUUAUAUGUA